AUGCCCCGAGCCGCCUUCGUCUACGACGACGCCAUGAGCCUGCACGUGCUGCGCCAGGACCACCCCAUGCGGCCCAUGCGCCUCCGGCACACCUUCGAGCUGCUGGACGCUUACGGCGCGUUCGACGGUACCGACUCGUUGCUGGUCACCCCGACCCUGGCCGACGAAACCACCGUGGGCGCGUUUCAUUCCCGCGAUUAUAUGGCCGCAGUCCGCACCUUCAGCCUGGGCCUCACCGGAUCCCAGCCCCAGCGCUUCGGCUUCGCCCAGGGCGGUGAUAACCCUACCUACCCCGGCAUGUACGAGGCCGCCAUGCUCAGCACCGGCGCGACCCUGACCGCCGCCCGCAUGGUGGCCGACGGCGAGGUCGCGGCGGCGUUCAACAUCAGCGGCGGCCUGCACCACGCGGCGGCCCGCAACGCCAGCGGUUUCUGCGUGUUCAACGACCCUGUAGUCGCCAUCAUGUACCUGCUGCAGCGCGGCUUGCGCGUGGCAUACGUGGACAUCGACGCCCACCACGGCGACGGCGUGCAGGACGCCUUCUACAACGACCCGCGCGUGCUGACCAUCUCGGUCCACGAGUCGGGACAAUAUCUGUUCCCCGGCACCGGAUUCGCCGGCGAGACGGGUUCCGGCGACGGGGCCGGCUAUGCGGUCAACCUGCCCCUGUAUCCCUACACCGACGACGAGAUAUACCUGGAAGCCUUCGAGGCCGUCGUCCCGCCCCUGCUGCAGGCCUUCGCCCCCGACGUGCUGCUCACCCAACUGGGCAUCGACUCCUACCACACCGACCCGCUGACCCACCUGCAGGUCACCAGCCGGGGCUUCACCGCCGCCGUCGCGCGGCUGGGCGGGCUCGGCUACCCGUGGCUGGCCACCGGCGGCGGCGGGUACGACAUCGGCGCGGUGGCCCGGUGCUGGACCCUGGCCUACGGCGUCAUGUGCGGUACCGAGUGGCCCGACCGCAUCCCAACGCCGGCCAUCGAGCGGCUGGGCCGCACCACGUUACGGGAUACCGAGAUACCCGAAGUUCCCGACCACAUCCGCGCCGACGCCCGGGCCCUGGCCGCCGAAAGCGUCGCCGCCAUCCGGGACGCGGUGUUCCCAGCUCACGGCCUCCCGGUUCACGGCCUGGACGUGUAA